AAUACACAUUUACACACCGCCUUUAUAAAUACACUUCUUAUCCUCUUUCUUACCCUCAUAAUUUACCCAACAAUUCAUACCCACUUCUCCCCUACUCCAAACAAAGUCUACCCAAAAACAAAAGGAACUUUUUCUGUCACAAACUAAUUUCUUCAAAAAUGUGUGGUGGUGCAAUUUUAGCUGAUAUAAUCCCUCGCAAUAAAGGCAAAGGUUUCUCUGGUUUAGAUUUCUGGCCUGAUGCUUUCUUCUCAACAUCAAAUAGAUUCACCAAUGAAGAUUUCCAUCCUCCCAAAAGAGCACUUCCUUCUCGAGGUGUUGAGCAACCAGAAAAGCGCCAGAAAAAACAGAGGAAGACCCAGUACAGGGGUAUACGACAGCGACCUUGGGGUAAAUGGGCAGCUGAAAUUCGUGACCCAAGAAAAGGUGUUCGUGUUUGGCUUGGUACUUUCAAUACUCCUGAAGAAGCUGCCCGAGCUUAUGACAACGAAGCUCGCAUAAUUCGUGGUAAAAAAGCCAAAGUCAAUUUCCCAAAUGAAGAAGAUCACAACAACACUACUACUACUAGAAAUUACCCAAAUCAGUAUUAUCAACAACAACAAUUUUUCGACAACAGUUAUAUACCAGAAACUCAAAAUUUCAAUUACACAACCAAUUUGAACCAAAUUCAAGAGUUUUCUUCAACUGGGUUGGUGGUGAAUCAAGAAUUUUCAAGUGGCUGUAGCUCAGAAUUUGUUCAAAAUGCUCCAAAUUUGAUGGGUGUUUCGACCAAUCAGAACAAAGAAGAGGUGAGAGGAAAUGCAAAAGAGAAAGAAGUGAUUGUUGUGGAAGAAGAAAAAGAAGAAGAAAGUGAAGUGCAAAAGUUGUCUGAAGAACUUAUGGCUUAUGAAAAUUACAUGAAGUUUUAUGAAAUUCCUUAUUAUGAUGGUCAAUCUGCAAAUAUAGCUCAUCAUUUGCCUUCUGCUCAAGAAGAAAAUGCAACUUUGGAUCUGUGGAGCUUUGAUGAUACUAUUUCUCCUGCUGCUUGAAGUUUGGAAAUUGGGUUAUUAUUGCCUUGUCAUUUUACUGAAUAGUAAUUAAUAACUGGAAACUUUUAUUUGCAUUGAGAAAAAUGUGUAAAUUUCUUUCCCCUUUAUUUGGUGUAACUUUUUCCCUCGAAUGUUUGUAACAGAAUUUGAAGUUUUUAUUGCUAAAGUGAAGUUUUAGUUACUUUGA